AUGUCAACGGCGGGCUUCAACGCUCAGAACGGGACGGGACAACCGUACGCUAACGGUCCUUCACAGAAUUCCCUUGGUGUCCAGCACCUCCCAGCAACCAAUUACGGCAUGACGCACCAACACAACUACAACCCAAUGCAGGGCAAGGCUCCAGCGCCCCCUGGUCCUGGACUCUAUCACUCUGGGCCAUACCAACACGCUCCCCCCGUGGGCUCUUACCAACCUGGCCCGCCACCUACGUCCUAUCCGGCUCCACCAGGCCAACCUCACCACACCAGACCUCCGCUGGGCGGACCUCUGCCGCACACCCCGCCACAGUCUGUCAGUCCUGUUCCCAAGCUGCCCGCCGCUCAGGGCACCCCUCCGCCACCUGUGGCAUCUUCUAGCGGCUACUACCCAAACCCCCAACAGCCAUGGCAGUACAACUCAGCUCCUCCGCCCAUAGGACCUCCAUCGUCCAUGAAUGCGCCACCCCUGGGCCCGGCAACUAACCACGUGAGCCAACCUGCACCUUACAGCUCGGCGGCACCGUCAGUGUCUUUUAACGCUGGACAGCCCCCAACAUCUUUACAAGGAUAUGGCCCGCCAGGUGCAGCUCCCCCACCCCUGAAUCCAGCAGCUUCACAACAAUACCACCCAAGCAGAGCUUCCUAUGGGACACCCCCCGUGGGCCCACCCCCCACUGUGAAACCCGGAGCACCCCCGAUGUCCAACGCCACAGUUUUGCCACCAAAGGCAGACGCUCAGUGCGGGGCUAGCAGCAAUCUGCCCCUCACUGAGCCCGAUAGCCAGGAAACGGAUGUUGAAUGUCCAGCUGGGCCGCCCAAGCCUGGCCCUCCGGGUCACCACCUGGGCCACUACCCUUCCCUCCCGCCGGGGUACCAGCACCCCGCGGCUCCUCACGGCGGGCCUCCAACCUCGCACCAGGCCAUUCAGAACGCCACGCAGCCUUACACCCAAACACCUCGGCCGUACCAACAGCCACCUUCCGGUCCUGGCCCGGCCCAGCUGAGCCCAUCCAUGGCAGCCAUGAGCCUGCAGUCAAGCACCCCCGAGAGUCUGCGAGUGGUCAACCUGCUCCAGGAGCGCAAUCUGCUGCCCACGGGCCCUGUUGCGGCCCCCACACCCUGCCUGCCCCAAGACCUGCAAAAGAUGAACUGCAACCCAGAGGUGUUUCGCUGUACGCUGACCAGCAUCCCUCAAACCCAGUCUUUGCUCAAUAAAGCCAAGAUGCCACUAGGCCUGCUGCUGCACCCAUUCAAAGACUUAUCGCAACUUCCCGUGGUGACGUCCAGCACCAUAGUCAGGUGUCGUUCCUGCCGAACUUAUAUCAACCCAUUCGUGUCCUUCCUGGACCAGAGGAGGUGGAAGUGCAACCUGUGUUAUCGGGUCAAUGAUGUUCCAGAAGAGUUCAUGUAUAAUCCAGUAAGCCGAUCCUACGGUGAACCACACAAGAGACCAGAAGUGCAGAAUGCCACCAUUGAGUUCAUAGCGCCUUCAGAAUACAUGCUGAGGCCGCCGCAGCCUGCCGUGUAUCUCUUCGUCCUGGACGUAUCCCACAACGCGGUGGAAACGGGCUACCUGAAGGUGUUCUGUCAAUCGGUUCUGGACAACAUCAGCGCGCUACCCGGAGACGCGCGGACCAAGAUCGGCUUUAUCACUUUUGACAGCACCAUUCACUUCUACAACCUCCAAGAGGGACUCUCUCAGCCUCAGAUGCUUAUCGUUUCUGACAUAGAAGAUAUCUUCCUACCUACACCAGACAGCCUUCUAGUGAACCUCAAUGAAAGCAAAGAGCUGGUGCAGGAUCUUCUGAAGAGCUUGCCAACAUUAUUUGAGAAGACCAUGGAGACCCAGUCGGCGCUGGGCUCGGCCCUCCAGGCCGCUUUCAAGCUGCUCUCGCCCACCGGCGGGCGCUUGUCCGUCUUUCAGACGCAAUUACCCAACCUGGGUGUCGGGGCACUCCAGUCCAGGGAGGACCCCAACCAAAGAGCGUCUGCCAAGGACGUCCAGCACUUAUCACCGGCAACGGACUUCUACAAAAAGCUGGCGCUGGACUGCUCGGGCCAGCAAGUGGCCGUUGACCUGUUCCUGCUCAGCUCUCAGUACUGUGACUUGGCAUCACUUGGCUGCAUUUCACGGUACUCCGCGGGGGGCAUCUAUUACUUCCCGUCCUAUCACCAUCAACACAACCCAGCCCAAGUGGAGCGCUUCCAGAAGGACCUGAAACGAUACCUGACCAGGAAAAUCGGCUUUGAGGCAGUCAUGAGGAUACGCUGCACCAAAGGUCUGUCCAUUCACACGUUCCACGGCAACUUCUUCGUGCGCUCCACUGAUCUGCUGUCACUGCCUAACGUCAAUCCGGACGCCGGCUUUGCCGUGCAAAUGUCCAUCGAGGAAAACCUGGAUGACAUGCAGGUGGUCUCCUUCCAGGCGGCACUGUUAUACACCUCCAGCAAAGGAGAGAGGCGGAUCCGAGUGCACACGCUGUGCCUCCCAGUGGUCCACUCUUUGUCAGACAUCUUUGCCGGCGCCGAUGUCCAAGCCAUGACCGGCCUGCUGGCAUGCAUGGCCGUGGACCGUUCGGUGACAGCUAGCCUAAGCGAUGCCAGGGACGCCAUGACCAAUGCCGCCAUCGACUCCCUGUCGUCUUACCGCCAGUCUGUGCUGACCAUCCAGCAGCCCGGCCUGCUCGCGCCUGCCUGCCUCAGACUCUUCCCGCUCUACAUUCUUGCUUUGCUGAAGCAGAAAGCAUUCAGGACAGGAACCAGCACCAGGCUGGACGACCGCGUGGCUUCCAUGUGUCAGCUCAAAUACCAGCCGUUGGCUUACGCUAUGAUGAUGAUUCAUCCCGUGUUGUACCGUGUGGAUGACCUGACUGACGAGGGUGCUUUGAAUGUCAACGAGCGGACAGUUCCUCAGCCCAGAGUGCAGCAGCUGUCUGCGGAAAAGCUCUCCAAGGAUGGAGCCUUCCUUAUGGAUGCUGGAACGAUCAUGUAUCUGUGGAUUGGAUGCAACUGCAACCCCAACUUCCUCACUCAAGUCUUGGGUGUCCCCAACUUCGCCGCUGUGCCUGAAAACCUGUAUAUGCUGCCAGAAUUGGACACGGCCGAGUCGCAGAGAACCAGAGCGUUCGUGGGUUGGCUGAGGGAGCAGAGGCCUUUCUUUGCCUCGCUGCAAGUCUUCAGGGAGGACAGCCAGACGCGAGUCUCGAUGAUGCAGAACAUGAUCGAGGACCGCACCGAGUCGGCACUGUCCUACUACGAGUUCCUGCUCCACCUGCAACAGCAGAUCUCCAAAUGA